CUUGCCAAGUGGAUUGCCACCCGAACGACCCCAGGACCACAAGAUUGAGCUGGAGCCCGGCGCGCAACCUACUGUACGAACACAAUGGCGCCUGACUCAACCGGAGCUACAGGAACUACGGAACCAGCUGGACUACCUGUUGGCUAAAGGGUUCAUUCGGCCGAGCACUUCACCGUUCGCAGCACCAAUCCUGUUCACGCCAAAAAAGGACGGCGGCCUUCGCAUGUGUACGGAUUAUCGUGCCCUUAAUCGGGUAACGAUAAAAUCGCGCUACCCAAUCCCACGCACGGACGAACUGAUCGACAACCUUCGCGGAGCUCGUUACUUUUCGAGAUCGACCUUCGUGGCGGUUACCAUCAAAUUCGGGUGUUCGCUGACGACUGCCACAAGACCGCAAUCGACGGAGCAGAAUGAGGCGACCAACAUCAACAAACUCUGCGAUUCGGUCCCGGAUGACUUGCCAAGUGGAUUGCCACCCGAACGACCCCAGGACCACAAGAUCGAGCUGGAGCCCGGCGCGCAACCUACUGUACGAACACAAUGGCGCCUGACUCAACCGGAGCUACAGGAACUACGGAACCAGCUGGACUACCUGUGGCGAAAGGGUUCAUUCGGCCGAGCACGUCACCGUUCGCAGCACCCGAUCCUGUUCACGCCAAAAAAGGACGGCGGACUUCGCAUGUGUACGGAUUAUCGUGCCCUUAAUCGGGUAACGAUAAAAUCGCGCUACCCAAUACCCCACACGGACGAACUGAUCGACAACCUUCGCGGAGCUCGCUACUUUUCGAAGAUCGACCUUCGUGGCGGUUACCAUCAAAUUCGGGUGUUCGCUGACGACUGCCACAAGACCGCGUUUCGUACUCGCUAUGGGAGUUACGAAUACACGGUGAUGCCGUUUGGAUUAACGAACGCCCCCUCGACGUUCCAACUCACCAUGAACGGGGUGUUCCGCGAUCUACUCGACAAAUGCGUGAUAAUUUACCUGGACGACAUCCUGAUCUACAGCAAGACCCGGGAGCAGCAUUUAAAGAUUUGGAAGCGUUUUUCAGCGGUUGCAGCAGCAUCGACUCAUCACCAAGGGCUCCAAGUGCGAGUUUUUAAAACAAGAACUGGAGUUCCUGGGGCACGUGAUCUCCACGGAGGGAUUCGAAUAGACCCGAAAAAACUCGGGCUAUUCAGGAGUGGAAACCGCCACAAAUCUGCAGCAGCUGCAAUCAUUUUUGGGUUUCGUGAAUUACGUGGCGUUUAUACCCAACAUGGCGGGGUUAACUGGACCUCUAACCGACCUACUGCAGAAGGGACUUUUUACGAGUGGGGGGAGAAGCAGCAAGCUGCGUUCGAGGCAUUAAAAAAUCUUUUAAUGUCGCCACCGGUACUUCGCAUCGCUGACCCGGAACGGCCCUUCGAAGUCAUCACCGACGCAAGUGACAUCGCCAUCGGAGCAGUGCUCAUGCAGGAUUUCGGCAACGGGCUUCAACCAAUCGCGUACGAGUCUCGGAAAAUGCAAUCUGCUGAGCGCAACUACCCGGUACACGACAAGGAGAUGCUGGCGAUCGUCCACGCGUUCAAAAUCUGGAGGUGCUACCUGACUGGAGCAGACGUGACGGUGCGAACCGAUCACAAAUCACUACAGUACCUGGGCGCAGCCGAAUCUCAACCCGCGGCAGAUACGCUGGCUGGACUAUCUGGAGUCCAACUUCACGUACAAGAUCACGUACAAAAAAGGCGCCAACAAUAUUGCCGACGCCCUUUCCAGACCAUCUGCCCAACUCGCAGCAGCGUCUAUUACUUACGAAGCGGAACUGAUCGAAUUUGGGUCCCAAGUUAUCGUCUACUUCGCGAAUUACUAAUUCAAGAAGUCCACGAUUCGAAUUUAUCGGGACAUUUCGGGGUUGAUAAAACUCUGAAGGCGUUGCAGCGGUUUUAUUACUGGCCAGAUAUGGUGACGGACGUGCAGCGUUACGUGGCCGCGUGUCCGAUCUGCCAGCGAAUGAAAUCCUCACACCAGCGACCUACAGGACUGUUGCAGCCCCUCGAGCCACCUCAACGCCCAUGGCAACACGUAACGAUGGAUUUCGUUACGGGACUACCGGCCGGACCCAGCGGAAACGACGCAGUGUUGGUUGUCGUCGACCGAUUGACGAAAAUGGCGCAUUUCGCACCAUGUCGUACAACCAUCACAGCCGAAGAAACAGCGCGCCUGUUCAUCUCGACCGUCGUUCGCCUACACGGGAUACCAGCAGCAAUCAUUAGCGAUCGAGAUCCGAAGUUCACGUCAAAAUUCUGGCAGGACACGUGGGCUCGGUACGGCACGCGUCUACAGUUCUCAUCCGCGUAUCAUCCCCAAACGGACGGCCAGACGGAAAGGACAAAUCAAACGAUGGAGCAGCUGAUUCGGACAAACUGCCCCGACCGAAAAAAUGGGAGGACGUGCUGCCCAUGUUGGAAUUUUCCUACAACAACGCGCCCUCAGCUACGACUAAUCACUCCCCGUUUUAUCUCAAUUAUCUCCACCAACGGUUAGACUAGCUCUGGUGUUCCUAUAUCUUGGCU